AUGCCUGGAAAAGCCGAUGCGAAACCUGACGCAAAAAAAUCUGGUGGUGACCAAGGAUCGAGUGGUGGUAGUAGUGGUGCUGGUGGUGAUCCAGAAAAAGGUGGAAAAGUAUUUAAACAAAAAUGUCUUCAAUGUCAUGUAAUUGAAAAAGGUGCUGGUAAUAAACAAGGUCCAAAUCUACAUGGUUUAUUCGGUCGUAAAACCGGAGAAGUGCCUGGCUUUUCUUACAGUGAUGCAAAUAAAUCAAAAGGGAUUAUAUGGGGUGAAGAUACUCUAUUUGAAUAUUUAAAAGAUCCAAAGAAAUAUAUACCGGGUACAAAAAUGAUAUUUGCUGGUAUUAAAAAAGAAGAUGAACGAAGAGAUUUGAUAGCUUAUUUGAAAGAAGCAUCAUCUAAAUGA